UCACGAGCGUGAACUUCAAAGGAAAGAAAAAAAAGAAAGAUAGAAAAAUUCUUUCAAUCAUCAAAACAUUCAAUUCUGAACCCUGAAAUUACAAAGAAAACGCAAGAGUCGAUAGUUGGGAAUAAAUUUUGGGAAUGAUGGCAAUUUCAGAUAAUUUAAACCCAGUCUCCCAAUUAUCAUUGCCGCCUGGGUUUAGAUUUUAUCCGACCGAUGAAGAAUUGUUAGUUCAAUAUCUGUGUAGAAAAGUGGCCGGAUAUAAUUUCAAGUUGAAUAUCAUUGGUGAAAUUGAUCUCUACAAAUUUGAUCCUUGGGUUCUACCGAGUAAAGCAAUUUUUGGCGAAAAGGAAUGGUAUUUCUUUAGUCCAAGAGAUCGGAAAUAUCCAAACGGAUCAAGACCAAACAGAGUUGCAGGUUCUGGGUACUGGAAAGCAACCGGAACUGAUAAGAUUAUAACAACUGAAGGUCGGAAAGUCGGAAUUAAGAAAGCUUUAGUUUUUUACAUUGGUAAAGCUCCUAAAGGAACUAAAACCAAUUGGAUUAUGCACGAAUAUCGCCUCUUAGAGAAUUCUAAGAAACAUGGCAGCUCUCGUUUAGAUGACUGGGUAUUAUGUAGAAUUUACAAGAAGAAUUCAAGUGCUCAAAAAGCUGUAUCAUCAUCAAGUGAAGUUAAUUCUAUAACAUCAUCUAAAGAACAGAGUAGUAACGGAACAUCAUCUUCUUCAUCUUCUUCACAAUUUGAUGAUGUUCUUGAUUCAUUACCGGAGAUCAAUGAUCAAUUCUUUUCACUUCCUAGAAUGAAUUCACUCAAGAAUUUCCAAGACCAGGAGAACAACAACAAACUGAUGAUGAUGAAUUUUCAAAAUUUGGAUACUUCGAAAUUUGAUUGGAGCAGUUUAGCUGCCAUGGCAUCUUUGCCAGAACUCAACAACAACAACAGUAAUCCGACAAUCGGAAGGUCUACAACAAACAAUCAAGCAUACCCAGAUUCAACGAAUUAUCAUCUUCAACAAAGAUCGUCAAUUGAGGAGGAAGUAGAAAGUCGAAACGGGUCGCAACAACAACAGCGGGUUAAUUCGGGAAACUAUUUUCAACAAAACUCGAACGAUUUCUUGCAGAAUUAUAACAGUGAGUCGUUCGACUCGUUUGGGCAUAGGUAUCUGACACAACAUCCAGUGUCAGGUGGAAGUUUCGGGUAUAAAGUCUAAAUGAAGUGCUGCUAUAGUUAUUAGGAAAAUUUAUCGGAAUGUAUUGGAUUGUGGUAUUGUUGUAAAUAUCUGCAAUUCUUUGGAUAAGUUUUCGUGUUUUUAUUUUGGUCAGAGGAAGUAAAUGAAUUAGGAAGGAAAAAGACGGCGACAAUGAAGAAGAAGAAUUAGGCAGGGAUUUGUAGCUUAGAUGUAAAAAGGAUUCAAAUGUAUAAUUUUGUGAUGAUUAUUCAGUUUACUGCGGAAUGUAAAUAGGAAAUCAAUCUUUAAAGUAUAAUAUUUGUGCUUGUUCCAAAUUA